CUCCUAUAUAUAUAUAUUUUGUCUGUAAAUUUUUAUUACUGUCUAGAAGUUUGUGUAGAUAUUACUGAAAGCAGAAAUCUUGUGUCAUUUGGACAUUUAAUAGUUGUUUCAUUGGGAUUCUUGCAUUUUGUAAUAGUGAAAGAAGCUGAGGAAACUGAUUAAAGUAAUGUUUUUUUUUUCAUAACUGGAUUCUUAAUUGCUCACUUCCUUGCAUUCCAUUUUUGUACAAGAAAAAGGUCAGCUAUCACCUGAGGCUUUUUGCACAAAUUUUGACUCUGCUGUUUGAAAGCAGCCUAAUAAAAGAAGUAGUUUUUGGCUGUAGUUCACUGUCAUCUGCAUUGUACAUUUAUUCAGAAAUCAUGUGCAAGAACAGUUGGAUUGAGUAGUUGAGUUUCAGCUUCUGUCAAGUCGUUUUGGAUUCAUUAGGACAUCUCCAAAAAAAAGAAGUGUUUUUGCUGGUGCUGUUUUGCUACUAAAUUUGGAAUUCUUUUUUGCAUAGAUUCACAAAGUGAUCUUCUUUAUGUACUUUCAUUUGUCUCAGAAUCUUGACCACACCCUCUUCUCUCACCAGAAGAAAGGUUAAAAUUUGUAUACCUUGAGUUUCUUGAGAAAUUCAAUAGGCUUUAGUUGUUACAUAGGGUCUUAUCUGGAGGGUCUCUUCUUGAAUAGUUGCAAUGUCAGCUAUAAUGCAUGUAAAGUUUUGUUCUUGAAAGUUUAAAGGCAAAGGUUUGGAAACUGUUCUGGGGCAAUGGGUACUAGGGAAGUGAAGAAAAAGGAAAAGAAGCAGGAGUAUAAGAGUUGUAAUGUUGCUGAGAAAGUUAUGGUGGCUGUUAAGGCAUCAAAAGAGAUACCUAAGACUGCUCUUUUGUGGGCUUUGACUCAUGUUGUUCAACCUGGAGAUUGCAUUACACUUGUUGUGGUUGUACCUUCACAAAGUUCUGGUAGAAAGCUGUGGGGUUUCCCCAGGUUUGCUGGAGAUUGUGCCAAUGGUCACAGAAAGUCAAAUUCUGGAAAUAGUACUGAGCGAACGUUAGACUUAGCAGAUUCCUACUCUCAGAUGAUCCUUCAGCUCCAAGAUGUUUAUGAUCCAACUAAGAUAAACGUGAAGAUUAAAAUUGUUUCUGGUUCACCACAUGGAGCUGUGGCUGCUGAGGCAAAGAGGACUCAAGCUAAUUGGGUUGUUUUGGACAAACAUCUUAAAUAUGAGAAGAAAUGCUGUAUGCAGCAGUUGCAGUGCAAUAUUGUAGUAAUGAAGCGAUCUCAACCAAAAGUUCUCCGCCUAAAUUUAGUUGGUUCACCUAAAAAGGAACCUGAUGUCGCGGGCUCAUUACCUUCAGAGCAAGCUGAAUCAUGCGGAAAAGAAGUAGAUAAUAAUUAUUCAUUGGAUUCUUCUAGAGGUCCAUUAGUAACACCAACAAGUAGUCCAGAGAUGUUCAGUGCUACUGAAGCCGGCACUUCAUCAGUUUCAAGUUCUGAUCCUGGAACUUCACCAUUUUUGGUCACUGAAGUAAAUAGGGAUUUGCGCAAAGCAGAGUUGUUAGCCUUAAAGGAAGAUCAAGAUGUAGAUGAUUCAAGUUCAGAGAGUGAGAGUGAAAGUCUAUCUUCUUCAAGUUCAAGAUUCCAACCGUCGAUAGUGGACAGUGUCAAUUCACAUAGUCAACUCUCUCAACGCCCGGUAAAUAGCUCAUUUAGAUCUUUUGACAGGUUACAGAUAUCGACAACCAAGUCAUUGCUGGAGAAGUUAACUAAGCUUGAUAUAGAAGGUGGUAGUGGAUCACCGAGUCCAUUAACCAGAAGUGCACCUCUUGGCGCUCCUCCCUUGUGUUCAAUAUGUCAACACAAGGCGCCUGUAUUUGGGAAACCUCCGAGGUGGUUUACUUAUACUGAACUGGAGCUUGCAACAGGAGGAUUUUCACAAGCCAAUUUCUUGGCCGAGGGAGGAUAUGGAUCCGUUCACAGAGGAGUCCUUCCAGACGGUCAAGUUGUUGCUGUCAAGCAACAUAAAUUGGCAAGUUCUCAAGGAGAUCAAGAAUUUUGCUCGGAAGUUGAAGUGCUCAGCUGUGCUCAGCACCGUAAUGUUGUCAUGUUGAUAGGAUUCUGCAUCGAAGACAGGAGAAGAUUGCUAGUAUAUGAAUAUAUAUGCAAUGGUUCUUUAGAUUAUCAUCUAUAUGGACAUAAUAGGGAACCUUUGGAGUGGUCUGCACGUCAAAAGAUUGCAGUUGGAGCUGCACGUGGUUUGCGAUAUCUUCAUGAAGAGUGCAGAGUGGGCUGCAUUGUCCACCGGGACAUGCGACCCAACAACAUUCUCAUCACACAUGACUUUGAACCACUAGUCGGAGAUUUUGGUUUGGCUAGAUGGCAACCAGAUGGUGAUGCAGGUGUUGAAACGAGAGUACUCGGAACGUUUGGGUACUUGGCUCCGGAGUAUACUCAAAGUGGCCAGAUUACUGAAAAAGCUGAUGUUUACUCACUUGGAGUGGUGCUCGUAGAGAUUGUAACUGGUCGAAAAGCAGUGGAUAUUACCAGGCCUAAGGGCCAGCAGUGUCUCACAGAAUGGGCACGUCCAUUGUUGGAAGAAUGUGCAAUCGAUGAGCUAAUAGAUCCCCGACUAGGAAGCAGCUACACAGAGCACGAGGUGUAUUGCAUGUUGCAUGCUGCAUCUUUGUGCAUACGACGAGAUCCUCAGGCUAGACCUCGCAUGUCUCAGGUACUUAGGAUUCUUGAAGGUGACCUGAUUAUGGAAUCUGGUCAACUGUCUACAACACCUAGGUAUGAUGUGGGAAGCCAAAGUGGAAGGAUUUUGUCUGAUCACUACGCGCAGUAUGAGAGGUACAGUGGCUCCAUACUAAACGAUGGAUUGGAGGGAUUAAGUCCAAAGCUCAUUUGACAAAAGGAGCCCCUCUAUUAUUUGGGACAGGGAUAAUCAUAGGACUGCAUUUUCAGGUCGUCUAUAAUUUACUUGGUACCGACUCUUGUGAACAAAGAUAUAUUUGCUGCUUUAUCAGCAGAUCAAGCCACUGUAUAGAAGUGAGGCAUAUUAGUGUAAAGUUUUUUAUUGAGACCUG